AUGGCAAUACCAGAUGUUGUUAGCUUUUGGCUUCUUUUAAUCUUUGGAAUUCCAUCAAUCAUAUGUUAUAUUUUCAAUCUUUAUUAUUUUCUCAUGGAUCGAACACUACGGAAAGGUCUUCACAAUCAUGUCAUUAUUCUCAUUCAUUUUUUUGGCCUUUUGUAUAUGGUUACUGAUUUUAUCUGGUACAUGUACUAUUAUCGUAAUCAUUCAACGUUAAUAUCAUCACCCAUAUUUUGUCUCAUAUGGGUAUGGAUAGAUUAUACAUUACCUCCCUCAAUAACAAUUCUCAUGGCUUGGGCAUCAGUUGAACGACAUAUUCUCAUUUUUCAUCAACACUUAACUGCAACGCCACUCAAAUGUUUUGUUUUUCAUUAUUUCCCAUUGAUUCUAUUUGGUAUUUAUCCAUCCAUUUUUUAUUCUAUUAUGUUUUUCGUGAUACCAUGUGAGGUUUCUUACGAUUAUAGUCUAAAUACAUGCGGACUUUUUCAGUGUUCAUAUAUUCAGCCAACAUUAGCUAUGUGGGAUAGUAUAGUUGGCUUAAUUACACCAGGUUUUGUGAUUGUCAUUUUCAGUCUAUUACUUAUUGGUCGUGUUUGGUAUAACAAAUAUCGAAUGGGUCAACAAUUUCGAUGGAGAAAUUAUAGCAAGAUGCUAUUUCAGUUACUAUCGUUAUCUGCUCUUUAUUUUAUUCUCUUCUUUCCAUGCAUAAUUUUAUAUACAGCUUAUACAGCUGGUUUAUCACGCGAUGUGGGUGCGGAUUUUUUCUUAGUUGCUUUAUUUUUCUCUUACUUUGUAACAUUAUUUAUUCCUUUUGUAUCGAUGGCUGUAUUACCUGAACUUCGGUCGAAAAUGCGAAAUAUUAUUCCGUUGGAUCGACGACAAAGAAACGCUAUUGCUCCCAUAAUAAUAGCAGGAACUCGUCGGGCAAAUCGAUGA